UACAUUAUAGUGUUAGAAAUCUCCCCUUCCCUACUCUUGACUUUUAGCAUGUCAUCAUACACGCAUUAUGUAUUACUAUGGAUACCUGGACCUGACUCUGAACAGUUAAAGAGACGCAAUUGAGAGAGAAAGAAUCUCGAAAUUCAACGUGCCGGCAAAGUUGAAGUUCUAUUCUUUUUGUCCCAAAUAAGGUGCGGUUUUCUAUACUAUUAUCAUGGCGAACGAUAGACUAGAUAUUGUAAUAUUUGGUGCUACCGGAUUUACUGGUCAACAGGCUGUACUGUUAGCAGCACGAUUGUCUAAGGAACGAGGUUUUAAGUUUGGUGUUUCUGGACGUCGCAAACAAGCUCUGGAAGGAGUUGUUAAAGAUUAUGCUGCUGAUAUUGAAAACGUACCCAUAAUAAUUGCUGAUCUGAAAGAUGAAGAAUCUUUAAAAAAAAUGACAGAGCAAGCCAAAGUGCUUGUCAAUUGCUGUGGUCCAUAUAGAUUUUAUGGAGAACCAGUUGUUAAAGCAUGUAUUGCUACUCGUACACACCAUGUUGAUGUCAGUGGCGAACCGGAGUAUAUUCAGACCAUGCAAUUGAAAUAUGACAAAGAAGCUGAAGAUGCUGGUGUCUACAUUGUAAGUGCAUGUGGAUUUGAUAGUAUACCAUGCGAUCUUGGUGUAAUUUUUACUCAAAAUAAAUUUGAUGGUGAGGUCAACACCAUUGAAACCUAUCUAAGCACUUGGGUAAAUACAAACAUUGAUUCCGCACUUAUUCAUUAUGGUACUUAUGAGUCUGCCGUCUAUGGUGUCGCGAAUUAUAGAAACUUGCGCGCCCUGCGCCAAAAAUUAUAUCCAGAAAAGUUGCCCGCACUUGAGCCAAAGUUGAAGCAAAGAGGUGCGUUUCAUAAAUUUAUGUCAAGCUGGGCUACAAUAUUUCCAGGAUCCGAUCGUACUGUAGCAAUGCACACUCAACGAUUUUUAUACGAGAAAUAUAAACAGAGACCUGUACAAAUUCAAACAUACGUUACAUUCAAAUCUCUGUUCACUAUGUUGGUGACACUACUUUUCGGUGCUGUUUUUGGAAUAUUGGCUAAGUUUGAAUGCGGUCGUAAUAUAUUGCUGAAGUAUCCUUCAUUCUUUACUGGUGGUUAUGUAAACCAUGAAGGUCCGUCGAAGAAUGUACGGGAACAUACUAACUUCAAAAUCAAAUUCAUUGCAAAUGGCUGGACCGAGAAAUUGGCUGGACCUACGGAUAAGCAUAAAGACAAACCAAAUAAAAUGAUGGUCACUCAAGUCAGCGGUAUCGAUCCUGGAUACGUGUCUACAUGCACUAUGCUGUUAUUUUCUGCCUUAAUGAUCCUUAAAGAGUCUGACAAAAUCCCGGGAGAUGGCGGCGUUUUAUCUCCUGGUGCUGCAUUCGGUAAAACAUCUUUGAUUGAAGAACUAAACAAAAACGAUAUUAAAUUUGAAGUGCUUUCAUCAAAGGAAUUAAAGCGAGCGGAAACCGCUUGGACCACCCGACCAGCCAUGAACGGGAUCACGAAGAUCAUGGAUAACAACUUUUACGACGACGAGAAUGACCGCGCGAUGAUGAUCAAAAAGCCCGGCCCAUUGAGGACCAUCUCCUGGUCGGAGAGCGUCGAGGAGACCAACCUGGAUGUACCGGGGACCCCGAGGACGCCUCGUACAUCCACCACCCCAGGCCACGAGAAAUGCACGUUCCAUCACGAUCUGGAGUUGGAUCACAGGCCGCCAACGCGGGAAGCCCUUCUACCGGAAAUGUCACGGAGUUACAGGCUACUCUUGAGCUCCCUAGGAGAAGAUCCUGAUCGGCAAGGCCUUUUGAAAACCCCGGAACGUGCCGCGAAAGCUAUGCUAUUCUUCACGAAAGGCUACGAUCAGAGUGUCGAAGAGGUGAUAAACGACGCAGUGUUCGACGAGGAUCACGACGAGAUGGUCGUCGUGAAGGACAUCGAAAUGUUCUCGAUGUGCGAGCACCAUUUGGUCCCGUUCUACGGAAAAGUCUCGAUCGGUUACCUGCCUUGCAAGAAGAUCCUUGGGCUCAGCAAAUUAGCCAGAAUCGUGGAGAUCUUCAGCAGGCGUCUUCAGGUCCAAGAACGGCUCACCAAGCAGAUCGCCGUGGCGGUGACCAAAGCUGUGCAACCGGCGGGGGUGGCCGUUGUCGUCGAAGGAGUGCACAUGUGCAUGGUAAUGAGAGGCGUGCAGAAGAUCAACAGCAAAACGGUAACGUCGACGAUGCUUGGCGUGUUCCGCGACGACCCGAAGACCCGCGAGGAAUUCCUGAACCUGGUCCAGAACAAGUAAAACGCGACCCCGAGCUGUUCUUCACCGACGAUGCCGUUACCAUUGAUCGAGGGACCACGGAACCAAGAUGGCCCCGACACGAUUCUUGCUCCCGAAACGUUUCGCCCCGCUGCUACCUCAAAAAUGCUUCCAAAAGGCAGUCGAUCCCGACGGCGUUGCUUACUCGAUGGCAUUCCCUCGAUUGUUCCGUAAGAUGAAAUAUUAUCGGACCCGUGUCCACGUUGUUAAACAAAAUGGUAAAGCUCUAUUAACGAUUUUAUUCAACGUUCCCAGGACGAGCGGCGAAUGUUGGCCGGCGUCGUCCAAAAAACGCGUUCUUAACAGGACGCCCUUAAACUGCUGAUCGAAUGACACAGAGACAAUACGGUAGUUAACUGCGCAAACCUUGCGCGAGUUCGAUCGACCACGUUUACGUGGGAAAGUUGCGUGCGUUAUUGGAAAAUGUCACUUUCCGGCCCGGCGAUCGAACUCGCGCAUCGUUUCGCGAAAUCAGAGCCGAUAAACGUGGGAUGCUCGAGAACCACUGCGAAUCUAUAGUAGUUAGACGAUGCUUCUUGGAACGAGCAGGCUGCUUCGUGACAAGUGGAAUCCUGCGAGCGACAAUCGCGGCUUGUAUAAAUAUUUCUUGCGCCCUUGAGUGGUGGCCAGUUUCUUUCUUCAUUCAAUGACUCUUAACGCGUUAGCUACUGGAAAGCUUUGCAACCCUCGUACGUUCCUCAGACUGAAAAUUCACUAAUUAUUAUUGUUCAGACACUGUGUAAAAGGAUUCACAGGAUGUGCUACUUUAAACUGUGACAUUGUAAGUGGAACUACAAGGAACGAUUUCUGUUCGAUCACUGUCACACGAUGCAGAAAAUUUGUAUUACGUUUAAAGAUUUAUACAAUUUGAGAUUGAAAAGCAUAUCUUUCUUUUCACACUGUGAACGUGGCAGCUUUCUGAUUACUUAAUAUCUAUCGUAAGAUGUGCUUCUUUGAACUAUAACUUUAUUAAUAGUACAACAUUUGAUGUAUAGUGUAAAGAUAAAGUGAAUGCAAAGCGAAGUGUCAUCCUAGAGUCUCUGAUGCCAUUUCUGAGGAGCGUACGAGGGUUCAGAGGGUACUCGUUGCAAUAAUAUAAUAAGCUGACUUGGAAGCAAAGUUAAUGAACAGGAGAACACAUUUGCAUGACUUUGCUUUGGACGUCUUUCCGUUAUCCUGCCAUUCUCGCAGCUAGUUCGACCGGUCACCAAGCAGUCUCUGUAUCGGCAACGUUAUCAGCUGCUGGACCAGCUGUAAUGACCGUUUAGAUUGUUGUACCUUGUGAAUACCUUUGGUAGCGUUGCCAACGUAAUACCACAGAAGUAACGAACGCGUCGUUUCGUCGGGCAGCCGCGUUUUCGUCGACGAGACGAAGCAAUUAGGAAAUUCUACGGUGAGCUUUCUCGACCGGCCACGACUGUACGACCGUCGAAACGCUUUCAGCGAACGGUCUCUUAAAGAAAACACGUAUACCAGAUUCUAUACUCUCCGUUUCUCUGAAAAUCAUCGUCGCGUCGAUGCGUCGGGCUGGUUGCGAACUGCAAACGUAUCAUGCGGAACGUGUCGCAAUGAAUCGUGCAACCGAAACGGAGGUUUGGGACACUCUUUUUGCAGAAAGAGAGGUAACGAAAUUUUUGUUUCGUGCAGAAGAAUCUGCAGUCUAAUGUUUCAGUUGUUACUAAAUUAAUCAUUCGAAUCUGCGAACGAGAAUCUCGCAGAAUUUGGAGAUAUUUUCGUCUACGAUCGCGAAAGGUACCUCUUGCUUUCUGCACCGUGCACACGCCGAAUUUUCGGUCGCAUCUGUUCAUUGAGAGACAGUCCGUAGGCCUGCGGAAGCGGAUGGUCGUGUUUCUCGUUUGUGAAACGUCCCAGCCAUAACGUUUCGCAACAGGGACCAUCGAGAGCCAUUGUGUUGAAGUUGUUCGUUCCGUUACUUUAUCUCUUGCUGUUUGUAUCAUCUGUUCGAAUGAUCCGAGCGGAGGAGAGGACAACCGUGUUCGCGACAUGUCAGAAUGAACGCGCGAGAAAUUUUAUGGUGAAAGUACGGAGGCGCGAUGUUCCAGCCAUACAUCGCGCGUCCAGAAGCGUUUAACUGUAUAAAAGGAAGAAAAGGAACAGAAUUAUUUAUCCUAUGUACGCGACCGCGUGCCACAGUUGAUUUGAUUGUCGUGUAAUUUAUGUGAUUUCCUCGUAUCGGCGCUAUUGCCGCAACUAUAUCAUUCCACCGAGAACGACGAACGACAAAUAACGUACCGUCGAAGCACAUCAUUUGUUUUUCGAAUUGUAUUUUUAUAGUGACACCGUGGAAGAGAUGAUCCGAGUACUUAAAGACACUUUAACCGAUCGUUUUAACCCUUUCGCGACCCGUUGCUUCCUUUCGGAUCGCCAAUCCUAAUUGAAACGCUGCAAUCAACUUUAUUUCGUUCUGCUUUGGACAAUCGUACGCAAUCUAUGCGCUAUGAUUUACUAUAAGAUUUACAGAUUCGCUGAUUUACAGAUUUACAGAUUUACAGAUUUACAGAUUUACAGAGUCAGAGAGUUACAGAUGUACAGGGUCAUAGAUUUACAAUGUUACAGAGUUACAGAUUCACAGAUUUAUACAAUCGAGUCGUUGUAAAUUUAUAAAAUGAUUUCUGAAGGCAGAUCCUCUUUCAAUUGAACAUUAACGAGGCCAUGGAAUAAAUUUCACUUUCGAUCGAAGCACGAAUAAUGACAAUCUGGAUCGCAGAGGGUUGAAAUUUAUUUAUUACACCGUGCACCGAAUCGCCAGUCAGCCCUUCGAAUGAUCGCAGAUCGACCAAGGAAGAUCAACGAAUGCUAGAUCCGUUCCAAAGUAUUAUUGUCGAAUACCGUCGAAUUAAUUGCGCAUUCAUUGAGCUUCCAAUCGCGGCGUGGUUCAAGGUGUCACUCGAGAAGGUCCGGAGAAUGUUGCGCGACUUUUGGUGCAGCGUUCGAUUCUAUUUUUCCGACAUUCAACAAAACGAAAAGAAUAUCUUAAUGUUAUUUAUGAGAAUGAAUGUUUAAUAUUUAUAAUAUUUUUGUGACAAUGUUAUAUAAAGUUAUAUUUAUACUUUCA